AUGCUGCUGCCGCGGAAGCCCCUCUGCGUCUCCGCGAUGCUCCUGCUGAGCGGCCUCGCCGCCGUGCUGGUCCUGCGCCACGGCCAGGCGCCCUCGGCGGAGCGCGCGUCCCGGCGGCAGCAGCAGCAGCCGCGCCAGCAGCGCCGGGAGAGCGCUCACCUGCGCCGCGCCUGCGAUGCUGUGGCCGGCGGCGAGAAAGCCUUCGUCUGGGGGAGCCCCCUCCGGACGUCCCUCGCCGCGUCUCCCGCUUGCCCGGAUUACGCGGCGGGCAGCCACUACCUGACCGGCCCGCUGUCCGCCGAGGAGGCCGCCUUCCCCUUGGCCUACGUGAUCACCCUCCACAAAGAGUUCGGGACCUUCGAGAGAGUCUUCCGGGCCAUCUACGCGCCCCAGAACGUGUUCUGCGUCCACGUGGACGAGAAGGCGCCCGCCAGCUACAAGCAGGACGUGGAGAAGCUGCUGCAGUGCUUCCCCAACGCCUUCCUCGUGUCGAGAGCCGAGCCGGUCAUUUACGCCGGCGUCUCCCGCCUUCAGGCCGACCUGAACUGCCUGAAGGACCUGCUGGCGCACGAGGUCGAGUGGAAGUACGCCCUCAACAUGUGCGGGCAAGACUUCCCCCUGAAAACCAACAGAGAGAUCGUCCGGCACCUGAAGGGGUUUAAGGGGAAGAACAUCACCCCCGGCGUGCUCCCGCCUCCGCACAUCACUGCCAGGACCAAAUACGUGUACAAGGAGUACAUGAGCAAGCAGGGUUCGUACAUGAAAAGGACCUCCACCCCCAAAUCCCCUGCGCCCCACAAUCUGACCAUCUACUUUGGCUCUGCCUAUGUUGCCCUCACAAGGCCCUUUGUGGAGUUUCUCUUUGGAGACAAACGGGCCCGAGAUCUACUGGAAUGGUCCAAGGACACCUACAGCCCCGACGAACAUUUCUGGGUGACACUCAAUAGGAUACCAGGUGUCCCUGGUUCCAUGCCAAACGCUUCAUGGGAAGGUGAUCUGAGAGCUGUGAAGUGGAGCUCUGAUGAAAAGAACCACGGUGGAUGCCAUGGUCAUUAUGUUAGGGACAUCUGUAUCUAUGGAACUGGUGACCUGAAGUGGCUACUAAACUCCAAAAGCCUAUUUGCUAACAAAUUUGAGCUCGGAACAUACCCACCUACCAUGGAGUGCCUGGAACUGACACUUCGGGAAAGGGCAUUGAACCAGAGUGAGGUGCCAGUGGAACCAAACUGGUACUUUCAGUAAAAUACCUAAAUGAUGGACAGAAAUGAUAAUGCAGAGCCAGCUUUCUGGAAGAACCAUGUUGCCUUGAAGUUAUGCUUCUUUAAAGAUGUUCAAUACGGGUAUUUUUCCUAAUAUCUUGAAUAACUUUUGCACUAUGGCUGAAAUAAGAUUUCAGGGCAAUGUUAAAUUUUCUUAACAUUUUAAAAAUGUGCAUCCCAUACUGGAACUGCAUUAUCUAUCCUCCCCAAGUGCUCAAGUAUAUUAUUUGUUAAUACUUUGAGAACCAUUCUGAUUAACUUGGGGACCAUGAUUUCCGAUUGCUAGCUGGUGAGUUAGAGUUUGAACUUUGCUAGGGUCAGGCCUUGCCAAGUGACCAUAUAGGUGAGAAGAAUAAAAAUGAUACGUCUCUUUGGAAGAUCGUUUGAUGGGACUUCAUCGUCAAACUCCAGAGUCCUAUCACAUCACUCAAGCCUUCAGAAAUAUGAUUCAAGGACUGGCAGGAUUCUUCCCUUGAUCUACAAUGGAAGGAGAAAAGGACCCAUAAACUACUGGAAAAUUGUCUCCCAUCUUUAACAGUGGGAAUCUCAUGUGUGUGACAAGUUAGUGGACGAGUGCCAGGGUAGGUAUGUGGGACAGCAAAAUAGAAAACUUAGAAGAAUUAUUGCACAGUUGUCUGUUUACAUUUGGCCAUGUUUAGUUUGGCUGCAUAAUAACUCCAGAAAUGAUGAAGGAAAGCGAAAUGCACAGGAACAAGUCAAUUGUUGGAGGAGGGAUCCAUUUUUGAGUUAAAAUGUUGCACCAGUUUUGACACUGAUAGGGCCAGCUUUCCCUCGCCCAGUGCCCUCCAGAUUAGUUGGAUGUGUGUGUUGUCCCAUUCAUCCCCAGGUGCCAUGGCCCUUGAUGGGGAAUUGUAACCCUGCACAUCUGGAGGAGACCCGACUGGGAAAGGCUGGAUUCUUGCAUGUUACCUGUUUGGUUAAGGGGGAACCCACUGCUCUGGGUUCAGUAGGAACUCAGAGACCAAAUGUCCAUUUCAUACAGUUUGGAGAGAAAACUGAAAUGGUGUCACCAGUGUAUGCUUGAAGUCCUGGUCUAAAUAAAUAAAUAAAUAAAACUCAGAAUUUUUUUCUCUCUCCAAACUUUACAGUUGUGAGACGAUAUGUUUUAUUGUCGUUGAGGCUGGAAUUUUACGGAGAAAUAUUUUGCCAAUGCAAAAUUUCCACCAGCUUUUCAUUUGGUAUUCACUGUGAGCAUGAAGAUGGUGUAUAGAAUAUGGGGCCUAAAUGGUGUUUUAAUAAAAUAGCCACACUUACAGCAACCCUCCAAUUCAAGAUACAUCUCCAGUUAGCCUUUUGCUGGUAAAAAUGUUGCCAGUAUCUCAGUUAUGGUCUGUUUUUCUAUUAUCAAAAUAACUGAAAUUAAGUCUUCUCACAAUCAGACACAUUUAAUUUUAUUUUUUCAAUUCAUAAAUGCAAUCGUUUGUUGUUAAAUUAAUCAAAUAAAAAGAACACUCACCAAACAGGCUUUAAGAAAAUUCCUUUACUACUGCUUUACGUAAAGAUUUCCAGCUUUUCAGCAAGGCAUACAACGUUGCUUCUAACACCAACAAGGUUGCAAUGAGG